GUGCACCGCGUGUGGUGUUAAACAGGCACAGCCGGCACAGCUCCUUCUCCCGCUGGGGAGGGAUUCUCUCCGCAGCAGAGCUCGCCCUUGCAGGCUCCGGUUGCACAGCCGGGCAGCAGCCGGGGAUGCAGAUCCGCCGGAUGCGUCCGGAGACAUCCCCGCCUCGCAGCGCAUCUGGUAAGACCGCAGCACAUCUGUUUCCCAGGAUGUUGGGGGCUGUGAGCACCACUCGUGCUCCUGAAGGAUCGCCCUGCUGAGCCGGGGCGGCAGCCUGAGUCAGCGCCAGCACAGCCGGUUCUGCCGGACUGGACCACGCUGGGGCAGGUGGGGGAUGUCCCGGGCCAUGCAGUGCCAGGGCUGCCUGCCCUGGAGCAGCUGGGCGCAGCUGCCGCGGCGCCUGGCAGGGAGCGCGGGGACCCGCAGCGUGUCUGUGUGCGCUGCUGCCGUGCCAGGUCCUGCAGGCAGGUGUUUCCUCAGGAAGCUCCUCCGCACAAGCAGCAUCUCCCUCCCCAGGAGCUGUGUUCGCUCUCUCCAGGGAGACUCCCAGGAGAGCUCUGCCCAGCCCGGCUCCUCUCGCCAUGGUCAGUCCCAGCUGAGGAACGUGGCCUCUUCUGGUGCCAUCAGGAAGCACCAGAAAAGCCUGUCUGCGUGGUUCAGCCACCAGCCCAAUGAGGAGAGGCAGUUCGGCCCUUCCUUCUCGCUGGAUGCCGUUCACGUGGACCCAGUGAUCCGGGAGAGCUCCCUGGAGGAGAUUCUGAAGCCCUCCCCUGAUUUAACCAUCCAGAACCAGCUCCAGCAGCCCCGUAGGAAGGUCAUCAGCCUCCACAACCUCUUUGACGUGGAUGCCUGUGGGCGGCAGGUGAAGAACGUGGUGCUCUACGGCACCGUGGGCACGGGCAAGAGCACGCUCAUCAAGAAGAUGGUGGUGGACUGGUGCCACGGCCGCCUGCCCCGCUUCGAGCUGGUCAUCCCCUUCUCCUGCGAGGACCUGUCCCACAGCCACGCCCACGUGUCCCUGCGGCGCCUCAUCACCAAGAAGUACCAGCACCUCCGGGACGUGGUGCCGGUGCUGGAAGCUUCCAACCUCAGGGUGCUCUUCAUCCUCAACGGGCUGGAGCGCCUCAACCUGGACUUCCGCCUGGCUGGCACGGAGCUGUGCUGUGACCCCAACGAGCCCGUGCCUCCCUCUGCCAUCGUGGUCAACCUGCUGCGGAAAUACCUCCUGCCCGAGGCCAGCAUCAUCGUCACCACGCGCCCCUCGGCCGUGCGCCGCAUCCCUGGCAAGUACGUGGGACGCUACGCCGAGAUCUGCGGCUUCUCCGACACCAACCUGCAGAAGCUCUACUUCCAGAUGCGUCUCAGCCAGCCCGGCUGCUCCGGAGAGGAAAGCCAGGACCGCAGCUCGGCCGAGCAGGAGAACCUGGUGGAGAUGUUGUCGAGGAACUUGGAGCGCCACAACCAAAUAACGGCUGCCUGCUUCUUGCCCUCCUACUGCUGGCUGGUGUGCACCACCCUGCACUUCCUCUACUUCACCAGGACGGUUCCUCCCAGCCAGACCCUGACUGGCAUCUACACCAGCUUCCUGAGGCUCAACUUCAGCGGGGAGGUGCUGGACAGCACCGACCCCACCCACAUCUCCAUGAUGAAGUACGUGGCCAAGACAGUGGGCAAGCUGGCCUACGAGGGGGUGAUGUCCCGCAAGACCUGCUUCUCAGAGGAAGACCUGCGGCAGUGCUUCGAGGUGGAGAUGAAGACGGAAAGCGAGCUCAACCUCCUGGAGGUUUUCCGCAGCGACGUCUUCCGCUUCUUCCUCAGCCCGUGCGUGCAGCCGGGCAAGGAGCACACCUUCGUCUUCACCAUCCCCGCCAUGCAGGAGUACCUGGCAGCUCUCUACGUGGUGCUGGGCGAGAAGAAGACCCUGGCCCAGAGACUGGGGAAGGAGCUGUCAGAGGUCAUCGGGAAAGUGAGCGAAGAUGUGGCUGUGGUCGUGAACAUCGUCUCCAAGGUGCUGCCCCUGCGCUUCCUCCCCGUGCUCUUCAACCUGCUCAAGAUCUUCCCUCGCUACUUCUCCCGGGUGAGCGGCAAGGACAGGGAUGCCAUUGCCCACACCAUGGCAGAGGAGCUGUUCAAAGAGGAGGACUACUACAACGACGACGUCUUGGACCAGAUCAACUCCAGCAUCCUGGGUGUGGAGGGCCCCAUGCGCCACCCCGACGAGGCCCCGGAUGACGAGGUCUUCGAGCUCUUCCCCAUUUUCAUGGGCGGGAUCCUGUCCCGCCGCAACCGCGCCAUCCUGGAGCAGCUGGGCUGCUCCAUCAAGAACCUGGCGGCCUUCGAGAUCGCCCAGGCCAUGAAGAAGACGGUGAUCAGGAAGGGCCGCAGGGGCCUGCCCCCCUCCGAGCUCAUGGACUACCUGUUCUUCCUGCACGAGUUCCAGAACGAGCGCUUCACGGCCGAGGCCAUCCGCUCCCUCCGCGCUGUCAACCUCUCCUCCAUCAAGAUGACUCCUCUCAAGUGCUCUGUGCUGGCAUCUGUCAUGAGCACCACGUGUCAUGAGGUGGAGGAGCUGAACCUGACCUCCUGCAACCUGGACAGUGGCAGCUUGAGGAUCCUCUUCCCUGUCCUGCUGCGAUGCAAAGCUCUCCAUCUGCAGCUCAACAGCCUGGGCUCCGACGCCUGCAAGGAGAUCCGUGACCUGCUCCUGCACGACAAGUGUGCGGUGAGCAGCCUGCGGCUGGCCAACAACCCGGUGGGCGAGCAGGGCGCUCGGUACCUGGCCGAGGCGCUGGCCGGCAACCGCUCGCUGACCCAGCUGUCGCUGCUGCACACCGCGCUGGGCGACCCCGGCGCCGAGGCCAUCGCCCGGCACCUGGCCGAGAACCGGCGCCUGCGGGAGCUCAACCUGGGCUACAACUCCCUGACGGACUCGGCGGCCCUGCGCGUGGUGGAGGUGGCCAAAAGGCACGAGACGCUGGACAAAGUGCAUCUCUACUUCAACGACAUCAGCGAGGAUGGCAAGAGGGCACUUGACAGCCUGCGCAUGGACCGGGACGGCGUCAGGGCUCUGGUUUUCCUCACGGCGGGCACCGACGUCUCCGAUUACUGGUCCCACAUCCUGAACGUGGUGCAGAGGAACCUGCCCUUCUGGGACCGCGAGCGGGUCCGGCAGCACCUCGCCCUCCUCCUGCAGGACCUGGAGAGCAGCCGCAGCCAGACUGCCAAUCCCUGGAGGAAAGCCAAAUUCCUGCGAGUCGAGAGCGAGGUCAAGAAAAUGCUGGGGAAACUGCAGGAUGGGAGCCUCUAACCUGCUGCCCAUCCACCAGCCAAGGGUGGAGCGGUGGAGUGUGCCCAGCAGCGCAUUCCCUGCGCCCUUACCCACCUGGAGACGCUGGCUGGAUGGUGCUGUCAAAGGUGCUGGGGGUGCGGGGCUCAGCCUCAUCUGCAGGCGAGGCUGAAGCGUGGGAAUGGGUCAGAAAUCAGGCCAGGAGCAAAUGGGACUUUGUUCUUCUGGGCUUGUGGAAAGCCAGCCCCUGCGCCCCGGCCAGAGCGGUGGCGGGGAGCAGGAUUGGGGCUUGUCUGUGAAUCUUUUGGGAGCAUUAAAGUGCACCUCAUUAAUUCCACUGAA